CGCAGCUCGUGUGACCCGGAAGCGCAUCCUCCUUAGCAACUGCGGGACAGCGGCGGCGCCGGCCUCCCGGGAGCCAGGGUGAGGCUUCUCGCCCCCGUCCGCGCACCUACCGCCACCCGGUUCCGGGGUGGGGGGCGGUCCCGUGGGGACCCCGCGAGCACCUGCACCCCCGGCGGGCGUACCCUGCCGCUGCCACCUGCGCUCCCCGGCCCAGGCGUAGGCCCUGCCCCGCUCCGGCCGCCCCGCGCCCCCGGCCCACCAGCCCCGUGCAGCCCGGCCGGUCACGGAGCCCGCGGCCUCUCGCCUCCCAGAAACGCCGCCCCGGCGCGGGGCACCUGUGGACGCUUCUCCCCGGGUCCCCACAGCCCUGCGGGGGCCGCUGGGUUGAUCGGGAAGCACGUGUGACCCCACGUUGUCAUCCGGCUUUGCGGCUCCGGUGUUGUUCUCGGGGUUCUGGCGCUGGUGACAUCAGAACUGCUCAAGCAGAAAGAACUCCGAGCUGAUCAGUGGAGGCCUCCUGGAUCUGGAGAGAAGAUCUGACCUGGGGACCAGCAAUGAGCCAUCCGGACCCCCAGCCGAACCCCCGGCCCCUGGGCACCCCCAGAGGUGUGUCCUCUGUGGUUGGCCCACAUGGUGUUGGUGCUUCGCCAGGUGACAAAAAGUCAAAGAACAAGUCCCUACGAGGGAAGAAAAAGAGCAUAUUUGAAACCUACAUGUCCAAGGAUGAUGUUUCAGAAGGCUUGAAGAGAGGAACACUGAUCCAGGGUGUGUUGAGAAUUAAUCCAAAGAAGUUCCAUGAAGCCUUCAUUCCAUCACCGGAUGGUGACCGGGACAUUUUUAUUGAUGGGGUCGUUGCCCGGAACAGAGCCUUGAACGGGGACCUGGUGGUUGUGAAGCUGCUUGCUGAGGAGCACUGGAAGGUGAUUAAACCAGAGAGCAAUGACAAAGACACAGAGGGCACCUAUGAGUCUGAUCUCCCUGAGGAUGUGUGUGGAAGCCAGAUCCCCCUCCUGUCCCCAAAGGACUGCCCCAACAGCCCUGACGUCAUUAUCGAGGCUCAGUUGGAUGACAGUGACUCAGAAGACAGACAUGGCCACCCACAGAAUGUUUUGGUUGAUGGCGUCAAGAGACUCUCAGUUUGUACCCACGACAAAGGCAAAGAGAAUGCAGACACAUCUGUUACAAAAGACCAGAGAACCUCGGUGUCACAGGAUACACGCUCCUCACCAGAGAAGUCGCUGCAGAAAUCUGCUAAGGUGGUUUACAUCUUGGAGAAGAAACACUCUCGAGCUGCCACUGGUCUCCUCAAACUCUUGGCGGACAAGAAUAGCGAGCUGUUUCGGAAAUAUGCCCUCUUCUCUCCCUCGGACCACCGAGUGCCUCGCAUCUAUGUGCCCCUCAAGGACUGUCCCCAGGACUUUGUGACCCGGCCAAAAGAUUAUGCCAACACACUCUUCAUCUGCCGCAUUGUGGACUGGAAGGAGGACUGUAAUUUCGCCCUGGGGCAGUUGGCAAAGAGUCUGGGACAGGCUGGAGAAAUUGAGCCAGAGACUGAAGGCAUUCUCACCGAGUAUGGUGUGGACUUCUCUGAUUUCCCUCCAGAAGUUCUAGACUGUCUCCCUCAAGCCCGGCCCUGGACAAUCCCCCCAGAGGAGAUCACCAAGAGAAGAGAUUUAAGAAAAGACUGUAUCUUCACCAUUGACCCAUCCACUGCCCGGGACCUCGACGAUGCUCUCUCCUGCAAGCCACUUCCUGACGGCACCUUCGAAGUGGGAGUCCACAUUGCCGAUGUGAGCUACUUUGUCCCUGAGGGCUCUGAGCUGGAUCGAGUGGCGGCGGCACGAGCCACCAGCGUCUACCUGGUCCAGAAGGUCAUCCCCAUGCUUCCCAGGCUCUUGUGCGAGGAGCUGUGCAGCCUCAACCCCAUGACCGACAAGCUGACCUUCUCCGUCAUCUGGACACUCACUCCGGAGGGCAAGAUUCUGAGUGAGUGGUUUGGCCGCACCGUCAUCCGCUCCUGCACCAAGCUGAGCUAUGACCACGCGCAGAGCAUGAUCGAGAGCCCUGGCAAGAGGCUGCCCGAGGAGCAGCUGCCCCCCAUCGCCCCAGAGCACAGCGCCGAGGACGUGCACCAGGCCGUCACCCACCUACACGGCAUCGCCCAGCACUUGCGCCGGCAGCGCUUCGCCGAUGGAGCCUUGCGCCUCGACCAGCUGAAGCUGGCCUUCACUCUGGACCACGAGACGGGCCUGCCGCAAGGAUGCCACGUGUACGAGUACCGAGACAGCAACCGGCUGGUGGAGGAGUUCAUGCUCCUGGCCAACAUGGCGGUGGCCCGCAAGAUCUUCCGCACCUUCCCCGAGCGCGCACUGCUGCGCCGCCACCCGCCACCGCAGACCAAGAUGAUGGCCGACCUGCUGGAGUUCUGCGACCAGCUGGGGCUGCACAUGGACUUCAGCUCCGCGGGGGCCCUCAACAAAAGUCUCACGGAGACAUUCGGGGAUGACAAGUACUCGCUGGCCCGGAAGGAGGUGCUUACCAACAUGUGCUCCCGGCCCAUGCAGAUGGCCCUGUACUUCUGCGCAGGCGUGCUGCGGGACCAGGCGCAGUUCCACCACUACGCGCUCAACGUGCCACUCUACACGCACUUCACCUCGCCCAUCCGCCGCUUCCCCGACGUGCUGGUGCACCGCCUCCUGGCGGCCGCGCUCGGUUACAGGGGGCUGCCAGCCCUGGAGCCCGACGUGAUGCAGAAGCAGGCGGACCACUGCAACGACCGACGUAUGGCCUCCAAGCGUGUGCAGGAGCUCAGUGCCAACCUCUUCUUUGCCGUCCUGGUGAAGGAGAGUGGGCCCUUGCAGUCAGAAGCCAUGGUGCUGGGCGUGCUAAACCAGGCCUUCGACGUGCUGGUGCUACGCUACGGUGUGCAGAAGCGCAUCUACUGUAACGCCCUGCCCCUGCGAUCCCACCGCUUCCAGCGGGUGGGCAAGAAGCCGGAGCUCACACUGGAGUGGGAGCCCCAGGACAAGCAGCAGGAACCCCUGCAGCAGGUGAUCACAGUGUUCAGCCUAGUGGAGGUGGUGCUGCGCGCUGAGUCGGCCGCUCUCAAGUUCAGCGCCAUCCUGCAGCGGCCGGGCAGCGAGGGUUUCCUGGGCUGCCAGAGUGACAGCGACCAGGACGACGCCCCGCAGGACUGAGACCACCGCCUGCCGGGGCCCCCCGCCCCUCCCUGCUUUUAGGACCUCGUGACACCAACCAAAGGGUUUUGUUUUUUUUAUUUAACAUCUCAGGGUUUUGUUUUAAUUUUUUUUAUUCUACUUUACUUUCUGCAGCUUGGUUUUUUAAAUGGAUUGGAUGGGGGGUGGGAGUUGGGAGGGGGGCUGGGCAGGGGGCUGAGGCCUGGCCAGCCCAUACCAGAGCAGAGUUGGGGGGCUCCCCUGGAGGGCCUCCCCGUUUCUGCCAGGCCCUGCCCCUGCCCAGGAAAGGGGAGGGCAACAAUCAUUGUCAUGGAAUAAAUCAGGUGCACGGUG